AUGGUCCUUUUGGCUUUGGUGGAUGCAAGGUGUCGUUUCAUUUACAUCAAUGUUGGUAGUCCAGGCCGUUGUAAUGAUUCAGCAAUCUUUGAAAGUUCGUCAUUAAAACGGCAGUUCCAACAAUGCAGCUUGUUCAAAGAAAUGACUAGGCAAAUAUCAUCUGUUAAUGUUCCAGUUAUUUUGCUAGGCGACUCUGCCUUCAAACUAGAUGUACAUUUGAUGAAGCCGUAUCCUUUUUGCGUUAACCAACCGUUGAAUAAAAAAAAAUUUAACUUUGCCCUGUCUAAGUGCCGAAGAGUUGUCGAAAAUGCUUUCGGCCAUUUAAAGGCAAGGUUUAGGCGGGUUGGCAAAGGCCUGGACAACCACAUGGUCAACGCGAAAGCUAUUAUCAAAGCAUGUUGUGUUUUGCACAACUUCCUGAAUGAGGAAAAUGAUGAAAUCAAUGAAAGGUGGAUUGCGGCACAGCAAAUUGAAGACCAAAGUCGACAGUGGCCAGAAGACGAACCCAACAUAUCUGGAAUCUUUAACACAAGGGCAGAGGAAAUAAGACAAGCCUUUGUUUCGCAUUUUG